AUAUCGAAAGUUAGAAACAGAAGCCAGAGGAGCCAUGGAGCUGCAGGAGAUCCCCAACGAGGAAGGUGAAGGAGCAAGUGAACCGAUGCUGGAGGUCAAAACUGAAGAGGAAGCAGAACCUGACCACUACUCCAAACUACAAAGUCCAUCUGAGGAUAUCUAUUCAGAAGCUUUAUUCAGCGGCGAUCCCGUUAAAAAAAGGGCAGAAACGACCCAAGCAGGCAAACCGACGGAGGGGAACUCACGUCUGUACCGUGCUGCGUGUUUAUUCCUCACCAUAAUCUGCCUGGUCCUGCUGCUGUUCGUCAUCAUACUCAGUGUGAAACUCCAAACUGGCUCUACCAUCUGUCCAGAGAGAGAGGAAACUACAGCAGAUGAAAGGCGGAGUCCUCCUUCUGAUUUGACAUGCAGCCACGAGAAGUGCGAGGCUCUCUUCCCCGAGUUGCAACCCCAACAUACCAGCUGUCGGCAGUGCCCUGGCGGCUGGGUGAGUUAUGGCCCGUCGUGUUUCUACCUGUCCACCUUCAGGCUGAGCUGGGAGGAGAGCCAGAGGAACUGCAGCUCCCGCAGAGGGUCUCUGGCUGUCAUUACCAACAGGGGACUCCAGUAUUAUCUGACCAAGGUGGGGAAAUUGACUUACUGGAUCGGGCUGAAACAAACAGAAACCACAUGGACCUGGGUGGACAAGACUGAGCUGACAGAGAGGUGAUAAUUAGUGAAUUGACUGAUCAUCUCA